AUGUGGCAGCAGAAUGCGGAGACACGUCUUAAUGAGGCCCAAUCAGAGAACAGACGUUGCAAAGCUCAUCUAAUCAGACUUCAGCGCGACUUACAAAGAAUGGAAGGCAUGGUGAAGAGCGUGCUUCAGUUUAAGUCUCAGUUGGAUGAGCUACGACAAGAGAAGUCAACUACAGCUCUAAAGUACGAGGAACAAGAGAAACCUGGAGAAGAAAAAGAAAAUCUCGUUACUCAGCACUUCUUAGAACGUCUUAAGCUCCUGGACCAAGAGAACUCCUUGCUACGCCAGGAGAACGAAAACCAGAGACUGCAAUAUGAACGUUGUCUCGAUGAAGUAGCAAACCAAGUAGUACAGGCCUUGCUUGGACAAAAGAACUUACGAGAAGAAUGUCAAAGAUUAGAAGAACGGGUCCAGGAGUUAGAACACCAAAACAGCGUCUUAGCUUUUAUGCUUAAGCAACAGCUAAAGCCACCAGAGAUGGGCUUCCAAUCAGAAUUUUCCCAAAUCGCUUCGACGAAUCCAGACAGUAACGAAUCUCCACUAGAAGCAUCUAUAAAUGAAUCCAAAAGUUUCUGUUUGACUGAAUUUCUGCCCAGCACUCCUUCUAGCCAUCAACGUUUUAAGUCUACUUGUAGUCAGCAAAAUGAAUUUUCAAGGAGUUUCGAUAAAGAAUUUGACAGGGGAAAAACUAUGAACUUUGGUUGCUUGAACAAUCCCGAAACAACAGUUACUAAGGGUGCAAACGUUGUGCAAGUAGGAAAACAAAAGGAAAAGGAAGUUGUCCAACAUUCCAAGGAUAUUGGUGUUAGUAGUCACACAAUAACUAAACCAAUGACUGAGAAAGAGCUUCUUAGUAUUGACAAUUUAUCUCCACUGAUCUCUCCCAAUAAGCUCACUGUGCCUAGCCAUAGAACAGUUCAAAACAUUGUCGCUAGGUUUACUCAUUCGAUGAAUCAAAUAGGUCAAGUCUUCAGUAAGGAUUCCCAGCUCUCUUUUAAUUGUAAAGAUCUUCCACAUUCUUCAUCUAGCAUUUCCACGCUUGUUGGCAAUUCUGUUUUAGAAGCUGAAAGAAACCUGCAACUUAAAAGUGUAAUACCGCCUUGCUCAAAUCUGGAUCAUGGAUUCCAUGUUUCUGGAAAAUUAAAAGAAACAUCUAGUCCGUCCAAAUCCAGUGAAAACUUUCUAUGCAACAAACCUAGUUAUUCCAAGCAAGAAACUCUUCGAAAAUCAUCUGCCUUACAACCUGUUGGUGUGAGCAAUCUCUCAGAAGAAAAUAACACAAAUACUGUUGUUCGAAGAAUUCACUCUAACAAUGACUCUGAUAUGACAAAUAAUUCUCAUUUGAUGAUAGAUACUAUUAGGGUUCACGGCUUACUUCACUCCGAUGAGAACAACAAACCAAAUGUUGAUAAUGACCACGUUUGUAAAGACGAAGGAUACUCCACUAUGUCCAGUGAUAUUCAAAUAGAGAUAAACGAAGACCAGAAGUUUAAUAUACACGAUAUGAAAUCGGUUUCAUUUAAUGAAACCGAACACCUUGUAAAGACGAUGAAUCUAAGUUUUCCAGCUGUACAGCAAAAAAUGUCUGUAAAAAAAGAUGGAGAAAUGGCUUCUUCCUCGGACAGUGGGCUUUGUUCGUUCCAGUUUCGAAAACCUCCGUUCUUGGAUGUUGAUGGCACUGGGUCUUCGAUAAGCCGGGCAAAGUGUAUAAUUGAAAACAAAGAUUCACUGAUCUCUUGCACUCAUGAAGGAGAUGUGGCCAAGGAAACACGUUCUAUUUGUAACAUGUCUUCACCAAAAAAUGAGAAAAAUCCUCAGAAGGGCACAGUCUGGGAAAGAACUAGUCGUAUUCAAGAAUUUGAAACAAUUAAUACCCAUUUAGCUCAGAAAAAUGAAAAAACAAGUACCAUAUCACACUGUUAUGGUGAAAUGUUGGUUGAUAAUCGUUGCAAAACAGGCGAGGAAAGUGCAAAGCUUGACACCCAACUACAAGCAAAGAGUAACGAAAAUAUUGAACAGCUUAGUAAUAAGUCACAUAACGAGCUUACAGUAAUUAAGCCCUUUAUUUUAUUGAAUCAACGUGAAAAGAUGGCAAAAGAAAAAACGGUGGUUAGUGAUUCUUGUCAAAGUUUGAAACCACAAAAGACACACAUACAAAAUAAACGUUCUUACGUGAGAACCUCAAUUCCACAUACAACAAUUCGUCGAAACGUUUCAGAUUCUUACUUGUACCUCAGAAAAGAGGCACAUUCCCCUGGGUAUAGUAACCUCAGGUUUAGGGUUCGACCUUUAGAACGAUGUGCGUCAGUCUGUGAGAGCCCUUUUCCAAUAAAUAAUAGUAGAAACACACCGGAGAAAGGAACGUCAGUGGUUCAGUGUGUUUCAACGUGGAAAAAGUUGGAAAACUCUCCUGUGUGUAGUGAUUCUUUGAGCUCCGUGUGUUCAUCCACUUCGGACGUCACAAACAGUGAAGAAUCCGAGGAUCUUAAGCCAACCAGCUUAAAAUGUUCAAGGGAGAACGAUCUGUGGAGCCCUAGUGAAGAUGAGCAUGAUUUUCCAGAACACUAUACCUUUGUCCAAGAAUGGCUACAACAGGAGGGUGAACAUCCUCAGCAAGACUGUUCCGGAGUUUACUCCGUUAACAAGGAGGAAAUUGAAGGGUGGAGAUUUCAGAAGUCCAUGGACGGUAUUGAAAAGAUUGUUGCUGAGAAUUAUGAAAUCGUUCAGGAUGAACUAAUUCCUUGGAAAAACCGUGUUCUUGGAAAUACUAAAGAAAAGAGAAUAAUGGAAGAAGAACUUAAGAAACCUUUAUCGAGGCUACCUAUUAGAAAGAUCCCGUCUUUUCGGUCAAAAAGUUCAAAUAUCUCUAAGGUUCCACUGAGUAAAACUAAACCGUGUAGAUCUCGAGAUUUUACUGAAAGGAGUUGUGGUAAACACAACCAUCAGCGAAAACAGCAUACAGAAAUCUAUUGUAAAAAACUAGGCAAGCAGGAAAAUACGAAAAAUGGCGAUGAUAACUCCUACUGGUCUAAAGAAAUAGAUUGGAAACGAGUUGACGCGUCUAUACUAGGGUGUGGAAUGACAGAAACGUCAUGUCCUGAUGACAGAGGAAGUGGAAGUUCAGAGGAAAUAUCAAAACAGAUAUCUGAUGUUCAAAAAGGAGGUGUUCGGUGUGAUAAUAGUACAGUCCAAGUGUUUCAAACAUCAGACAUUCCUUCAGAGAUAAAAGUACUUCAAAAUGAAUCCCCAACAUUUAAAAGCGAUGUCUAUAAGUGUUAUUCUCCACAAUGUUUGAAAGAGUCUGGGAAAAUAGCAGAUAAUCAGUCAGAACCAAUCUCGGCAAACCAGAUCGAUUUUGAAGAUACAUUAUCACAAUGUGAUUCAAAUCUAGAUUCGAAUCAAGGAAACCUUGAUCAAAAUGUAUAUUCCAAUACCCACACCACUAUUCAAACUAACUCGCUUAGUGCUUCCAUGAACUCCAAAAAUUCAAACGAGUAUUUCAGCUCAAAACAACAAACAUUAGCCAUGUCAACACAUUCCUUCUUCGCACGCCCAAAAUGUCAAAAUGAAGAAAACCAGUUAUUACAGAGGAAGGAACAAACAAAUGUUAAGAAAACGUCACUUAUUUCUCAAAAACCUGUUAUUCAGAGUAUUAAAAACAACACACACAAAAUUAAGCCUCUCGUUCCUCCAAAACCUCGCUCAGUGGUCGCUGGUAGUUCAAAAAUUCCUAUCCCAGGAAACUAUAGAAAUAACGAAAGUAAUUAUCAAAAAACGGACACAACUAAAAUACCAUCUUUUCCCAGUUCUUCUGCUACUGUCUUGAAGAAAGAAAAAGAAGGCUUAGAUAGAAGUAAACGUAAACUCUUACCAAAUAAAAAUGCUCCACUUACUAAAGGAAAACUCAAAAGUCCAGAAAAUUAUAAAAAAACGUCAAAAAUUUCCAAACAAGUUAGUUCAACACAAGAAGAAAAUAAAGAGAAAGAAAUCAAUCAAAUACCUACGGCGUCAAAGCGUCAAAUAACAAAACCUGUAGACAACAAUACAGAUGCUCAAAACUCUGAGAAAACGUCUACAGAAAGCGCACUGAAAUCACCUCGGAAAAAAGAGCAGGUUUCCUCGAAUCAGCAGAAUACUGGCGUUGAUUUAGAGCAACUGUCAUUUGAAACUGGUACUUUGUCUGUAGCCCAGAAAAUCCAGAUUCUCAAUGCUUUACUAGACGAGAACGAAAAGAUCUCCUUCAUUUCUUGCUUUCGUAUAUCAAAUUCUACUAAUAUCAAUGAUAACUCACCGGAGACUUCUCCAGAGAUUGAUGAGAAUAAUAAGGAAGGCUACAGGAGUUCUUGGAUUCAUGUGCCUCCGGAUAUCAAUUUCCGUGAUCAAAAGAUAACAUCUCAGCUUUUCGAGUCGGCACUUUUUACUAGUAUCAGUAGCGAAGAGAGCGAAGUGGACGAAGAUGAAAGCCACCCAGAAAAAUCCUUUCAUCUUCAACAUAAGAAUGGAUGGAAAUCUGGGGAAUUUCCAAGCUCACCAAUAGAGGAAGAAUCGCCAAGUAAGUACCAAGAGAGCAAUAGAAGUUGGUCGAAUAUGAAUGGUAAGGAAGGAAAGGAAUCCGAUAUCUCUAUUGAAACCAACCUCAUCCACCCUAAAAUCAUUCACAUGACAGACAGUUGCCUGUCAGUUCUCUCACGUAACAGUGACUCCCCAGAACGAAUCUCGUUUAGUGAUUCUUGUGCUGGAAGUUUUUGUUCAUCGACUAGAAGCCUAGAUCACAUUGGUUAAUAAGGAGGAUUGUUCAUCGACUAGAAGCCUAGAUCACUUUGGUUAGUAAAGAGGAUCACUCGUCUACUAGAAGCGUAGACUGCAUAGGUUAACGUGGAUGGUCUCUCGUAUACAAGAAACGUAUAUCGCAUUGGUUUAUGAGGAAGAUCACGCAUUUAUUAUAAGCCUAGAUAGCAUUGGUUAAUAAGGAAGAUAAUUAGUAUACUAUGAGCCUAGAAUGCAUUGAUUAAUAAGGAAGAUAUUUCAUCUACUAGAAGUGUAUAUUACAUUGGCUAAUAAGGAGGAUCACUCGUCUACUGUAAGGCAUUGGUUAAUACAGAGAAUCUUUCGUCUACUACAAGAGUAUAUUACAUUGGUUAAUAAAUAGGAUCACUCGUACACUAUAAACCUAGAUUGCCUUGCUUAAUAAGGAGGCUCACUCGUCUACUAGAGGCGUAGAUCGCAUUGAUUAAUUCAAUAGCAGUUACUUAAUCGCCUAUUAGAGAGCGAAAUAGAAUUAAUUGACCCCAAUAAAAGAGGGCCGCUUAUCUACCAAAACUUCCACCACAAACAUGUUGACGGAAUAACUCGGUAAAGAAGAAGAAUUCGUCUACUAGAAGAUUAACCCUUAGAGGUAAUGGGUAAUUAUUUUGUCUACCAGCAGCCUGUAUUGCACUGUAUAACCACAAUAAAGCAUGGUCAAUCAACCACCAUAAGUCUAGAUACAAAGUCCUGAAUGAGAGAAGAACAGGAAUUCUCAAAGGGCUUAGAACUCAGUGGUAAAUAUUAGUCCUUGUAAGUAACUCUAUAAUAAAUGAUUUACUCCAAAAUGAAAAGAUCAAUAAUAUUCCAGAAUAAUCAAUAUUUUUCAGAAUCGCUUAAUUGAUAGCCCUUUUGAAAAACGUGUUAAAACUGACUGACGUUAGUGAGAACUGGAAACUGUUGCUGUUCAGCAUGGAUUUCCCUUCAUUUUGUAUAAAACUUAAACCAACUUUAUAUUUUUUGUACGAUAUAUUUUGUUUCAUAAUCAGGUAUAGGUAAUAUAAUUUUCGAUAUAGAAUUUAGUAAAAUAAGACCGUUUUAUUUUCGAAUAAAGCUCAUGAUUUAACAUAUUAUACAUAUUGAGUUGUGACAAGAAAUAUAUAAAUAUUACUAGCUUUAUUCUACUCGCACGUGAUUUAUUUCUAUAGAUAAGUAACGUAUUUUUUAUGACGUAUCUCAAUAACGUCAAGUUAUGUUUAAAAAAUUACUCUUUCGCUGCUUAUUUAUAAGGUGAAUAUUUUCUGGCUAAUUUAAUUAUGACUAAUUAUGCAAUUACUUUUUCUUUAAUUUUAGAUUUAUUUUGCAUGAGAAAAAAAUUGUAUUUAUAUUUAAGUAAAGAAUAUAUGUGUUUGGGCCAAAAUAUCAUAUUAGGAUAAAGUUAACCUUUUCUAGAAAGUACCUAUAAGACUGUUACCUGUUGUCUUAUUUUGUUUUAUUUUUGCGAUUUUUAUACUUAUUAUCUAAAACCUCUUGUGUAAUUUUACAUAUUUAAAUACAACAGAAAAACAAAUUAACUAUCAAUUUUAUUUCGAUUCAUCAAAGUGUAGAUUUUUGUUUGUUUAUUCAGCUUAAUUGAUUAGAGACAGGACUCACAAAAUAAAUGAAGUAAUCAAAGUUAAGAUUUCCCCUUAUUAUUACUUUUGAUUUUUUUUCAACUAUCCAAGUAAUUGAAAUAUUUCUAUUAUGUUUGCUUGUUGUGAAGUGCAAAGCUAGACAUUUGGCUAUCUGUGCUCUGCCCACCGCGGGUAUCGAAACCCGAUGUUAAGUCACCGGUGGCCAAAAUCUAGGACUUUGUAGCUUUUAUGGCUACUUGUUUAGCCUCAAACCUUUUGGAUUACCUUAAUGUUCAGAGCUUAAGAUUUGAAAGACAUUAUACAUAAAAUAAAUGACUUUGAAAUGACAAAAAUAACACAAUGACCUUGAAAUGACAACAAUUAACACAGGGGAGCUGUUUUCAAAAUGCUCUAAACUUAAUAGUGCUUAAACUAGCUCCAAACAAUUAAUGACUUCAAGCUUUAAAAGAGAAACGAAUAUUUAUCAAAACGUUACAUUCUAGGAUAAAGAGGCAAGCUCAUAAGAACUGGUUCUUUCUUGUCAUUUAUUUUCCUUGAAAACAAAAACUUUUCACUUUUUCAUGUCGCAGAUUAUCCAUACCUCCCAAUAUUCAACAGAAUAGUAUUUGCAUUUUCACUGAAUUUCAAAUAAUUAGAGUUAGACCAAAUAUGUUAACGAAUUUCGUGAAACUAAUUACCGAAACUUAUAAGCAUUAUUUGAUCCUUGUAAUCAGACUUUGACUAACAUGUUUCUUAGUCUUCUGUUUAUCGUUUCUUAUCUAUAUAAAAGCCUUCCUUCCAAACCACGUGGACGGUAAAAACUUGAAUUUCUCCAUAAGGAGUUUUAGUGUCUAAUUGAUUUUAUAUGGCCUUUUGAACUUAAUAUUCCUUUAUUAAUUAGCGAAAACUUAUUUACUAUGGUUAAAUUGGGAUUUUGAAAGAGAAGGAACUCCCUUUUGUAAUCCACUUUGACAUUCCAAUCAGAAGACCACGAACGUUAAUAACUUGAAUCCUCAAGAGGCGGCGAUCCGGUCCGGACCGUUCCGCCUCAGUUUAACAUCCUGCCUAUUUAUGAAGACAUCUAAAAAAUAGAUUCCCGAACUUAACAUUUAAAUAAGCAGUUUCGUCUUAGGAAUUUUGUUGAAAUGUUGUAGCGGAAGAAUACAAACUCACUUCAAAGCUUCAGUUACGCGCGGAGUAAUUGGUUAGCUAGGAAUAAUGUAGUUUUGUUCUUGUUGCUUUACUAGAGAUUUCUAAAUAAGGAAUACUUAUUAAUAAUACUCUAGUAGAAUUUUAUUUCUACUUUACCAUAGUGUGAAGCAUGUGAUUGAAUAUUUUGUAUGGUGAUGGACUAUUAGCAAAAGUAGUUCUAAAUGGCAAACGAACAUUGCUGUGGAGGUAUCCAAUAUUUUCCAAAAUAUGGCACUAGCCUCAAGUUCCCCUAAAAUACUAGUCUCAAUGUUAUAAUGCAUGUAAAAUUCUAACGUAUACCAGAACGAUUUAAAAGAGAUUCACUAUUUAAUUGGUCUAAAACGAUCACUAGAGUUUAGUCGACAAACGUUUAAUUUAUGAGGUAAAAUCUUAGAAAUUCUAGGCAAGAAAAAAGGUUUACUAUAUAAACAAAACCAACUUACUAUGACUUUAUCAGACUUUGCCCAGUGUAAGAAUUUAACAACUUCCAUGAUUUUUACUAGAAAUGUAGUGGUUGCGUUAAUGCUUUCUAAACAGCUCAUUUUCUAACAUCGUCACCGAAUGUGAAAUUUUAAAGAUUACAAUAAAAAACCCUUCACAUUUGGAUGCUUUAGUUAGCGUGUUUUCUUCUUGGACAAAUGGUUUAAUUUGUAAUUGUAAAUAUAUUUCAAUACUUAAAAAUUGUAAAAGUUAAAUAUGUCAAACAAUUCUAAUGAAUAAAAUCAAACCAUUAAUUUCUCUAGGUCCAGCAUUGUUGCUCGUGUGUUAGAAUGUGAAAUGUUGUGAAAAUGUAAGGUAUAAGUUAAAGUCGUGGUUUAUUGUACAAACACUGUACCUUUGAACAAAUCAUAUUUAGGAAGCAUGCUGAUGGUCACUUUAUCAUAGAGUUAUCUUUCCUGUUUGAUUUUUUAGUUUGAUUCAUGAAUCGAAUUAUUGUGUUUUCAGUAGAAAUGUAUUUUCUUACAAUCUGUGAUAAGUAGUUCCGUUGAUGAAUUGUAUUUUGUAAAAUGCAAAUAAAUUACU